UUAUUGACUGUAUGACAGUUUCAUGUUGCGGAACAGAAUUUUGAACAGCAAGCACCUGCCAAAACUUGCUUAACGUAACCUUUAAAGUUCAGUCCAAGAUUUGGUCUGAAGUUAGUUGACCAGUGCUCAUUUGGAAUCAUAUUCUCAGAAACAUGAGGCAAACCCCCUCCAAUUUCAAUCAACCAAAAACACAGUGAUCAGAUGAAUACGGGUACGGAAUGUGUCAAUAUCCAAAGGAACACAUUAAAUCCAGGAAAGGCAAUCUUGUUUAGCUUUGGUGUUUCCUUGAGAUAAAGUGGGUGAUGAUAGCAUGAUGGGAACAUAGAAAAUAUGAAGGUAACAUUAGUGCAACGACAGCUACGUAUUUUGAACUAGAAAGAGUAAACACUGCAGGCCUGAUUCUCAACAUAUGCCGGUGUAAAUCAGAAAAAAUCCACUGAAGUCAGGCCCCCAAAUUCAUAGGAAGGACACUCCUGUUUUUAACUAUAGUAGAAAUACUUUUUCUAUUUAGUGAAACUCCAUUUAAGUGUGUCAGACAUGUCAAAGUUACAUUUUGCCCUAGGCCAGGGCUUGCUACUUCAUGUCCAUUCCUGACUCUGUCAAUCAUUAUCCAACCAGUGUAUCGGGGUGGAGCUGAAAGGCAAUAAAAAUAAGAGGUGAAAAGGGGAAGUGUUCUAGUAUUUACACCCGUACCUGAAGUGAUUCAGAUAAACCAGUCUUACAUUUUGCAAUAUUUCUUUCUUACUUCAGGAUCCUAAACCAAUUCCCCUUUCCGUGCCCCACCCCCUCAGCCAGUUCAUAUAAAACUCACUCUGCCUUUAGCAACACCUUGCUAGGCUGUUGUCUGUUAGUGCAUGAGUGUCUGCCUUCUCUCAAGGAGAAUGGACACUUACAUCUCUAUAGCUGACCCUUCUGUCUUGCUCUGCUUGAGUAUGACUGCAGCAUUUGGAAUAAUCACCUUUUACAAAACCAAGAAGAACCAGGUGGGGAAAAAGUGUGUAUUUGCCCGUGGUCUCCUCCUUCUGCUUUUAUUGGGAAUACUCUGUUUUGCCACGCUGAAAAGUUAUGUAGGCUUAAUCCUGUUCUCCAUGGCAUGUCUCAUCUGUUACAUUCACUUAUCAGUUCAAACAAUGUUACCUGUGGACAACAAAGCUGUAUUGAUCACAGGAAGCGAUUCCGGGAUUGGACAUGCAUUGGCGAAGUACCUUGAUAAUUUAGGAUUUGUUGUAUUUGCUGGUGUCUUAAAUAAAAAAGGAGCUGGGGCUGAAGAAUUAAAAAGAAGCUGUUCCCAGAGACUUUGUGUCCUGCAACUGGAUAUAACCAAUUCUGCACAAAUUAAGGAAGCCUAUCUUAAAAUUUCAGAGAUGGUGCAAAAUACAGGGUUAUGGGGUGUUGUCAACAAUGCUGGAAUCUUGGGGUUUCCUGCAGAUGGUGAGCUGCUGCCCAUGAGUGUUUACAAGCAGUGUAUGGAUGUGAAUUUCUUUGGGCAUGUAGAGGUGACCAAAAUGUUCUUACCGUUACUUCGGAAAUCCAAAGGAAGGCUAAUUAAUAUCUCUAGUAUGGCAGGAGGCAUUCCGAUGACAAGGUUUGCCGCAUAUGGUGCAUCAAAAGCAGCUCUGUCCAUGUUUUCCGGAGUAAUGAGGCAGGAGCUUGCCAAAUGGGGAAUUAAAGUUGCUGCAGUUCAUCCAGGAGGCUUCAGAACAGGCAUACAAGGUACAUCUGAGCUGUGGGCUAAGCAAGAAAAGCAUCUUCUGGAGAAUCUCACACCAGACGUGAAGAAAGAUUAUGGUGAAGACUACAUUGAAGCACUGAAAAAUUUCCUCCUGCACAUGCCAGUUCAUUGUGCUCCUGACCUCUCUCCAGUAUUAGAUGAUGUUCUCAAUGCUUUAUUGGCAAAGAGUCCACAUGGUUUAUACACUCCAGGCAAAAGUGCUUACCUAGCUCUGUGUACCUUUUGCUAUUUUCCUCUCUGGCUUUACGAUUUGUACAUUGGUAAGAUGCAAAGUAACAAAAGUGUACCCAGUGCUUUAAGGGCAUCAGAGGCCAAAAACAAGAACACGUAAGCAGAGUGUGGAAUUCCGUCAGCAUUUUAAAUUACACCAGGAGAACAGGGCAAGGUUUUGUGUGAAGACACCGUUUGCUACAUUGCAAUUUACUGGGGCCCUUUGCUCGUCAAAUUGCAUUCCAGCUGCUGGGCAAUUGGGGCUGAGGUUAAUCUUGAAGCUUUGUGUAUUUUAGGCCUUGUCUACACUACGGGGGGAGAUUGAUCUAAAUUAUGCAACUUCAGCUAUGUGAAUAAUGUAGCUGAAGUUGACGUACUUAGAGCUACUUACCAUGGGGUCCACACUAUGCGAUGUCGACUGCACUUGCUGAGGACUAGCUUCUUGGCAAGUUUUAAAAAUAACUUCAUUUUAUUUGAGUGCCAAAAAAAUUAUUUUGUUUAAGUACUUGGGGAUCAAAUGCUUCUCAUAUAUGGGAUAACCCAAUCAUGGUCAAAUUAAAUUUUACUUUAAAAUAUUCUCUCUUUGGGUUCAGAACAUGUAUGACAAAUUUUGGCCCCCCUCAAGGGUAAUUUUUCUGAAAAAGUUUUCGGGGCUUAAAAAUUAAAGUGGAAAUGUUGUUUCCCCAUCAGGACUUAAAAACACCUUCAACAUUUGUACGUGUUCACUGGCAAGUGAGAUUUUUGAUUUUCAAAAGACUCUGUGUCUGUGUGACGCUGAUUUUCAGUGAACAAAGCCAAGUAAUGAAGCAAGAAUAACAACUUUUGGAGCCAAGGUUGUUUUUAGCAGGCCUAUAUGAUAACCUGAUAAGUGCUUCCUUGAUGCAUGGAUUUUCAAAAGACAAUAAAUGACCUGAGAGUGCAAGUCCUACUGAAAGUCCAACAUAUGACCAAGGGCCAGAUUUUUAAAGGUAUUUAGGUGCCUGGUCAGAUUGUCAAAAUCGUCUCAGCGUGCAACACUCAAUUAAAUCAAUGAGUUUUAGGCAACUAGAUAUUUUGGGAAAAAAAAAACCCGGGCACCUAAAUAUCUUUUAAAAAACCUGCUGCUACAUCACUGAGAAGCACAAGUCCUGUUGAAAAUCAAACAUGUGACUCAGGAGUACUUGUGGCACCUUAG